CGAUCCGCCUGGCGCUGCCUCCCGAGUGCUGGGACUAAAGGCAUGCGCCACCACCGCCCGGCUCCUGUUCUGCUUUCUCUUGAUGUCAACAAGGUGCACAGACAGGGCUGGUAAUACAGCUCAAUGGUAGAGGAUAGCCUAGCCAGUGUAAGACCCUAGGGUUCAUUCCUAGCUCUGCAACUCUGCCCACAACUCUCAGACCCCUACACAAUAAAUACGGCACCCCCACAAUAAUCUGGUUUACUGAGGGACAGGUACUGCAAGGGGACAUGGGGUAUCGUUUCUGUUCAUUCUCAGAUGGUACUUCUGCAGGCAGCUUCCACAGAGCCCGGGUAGCUGACCUCUCCCAGAGCUGAGAACCAUGGAAAGCUUUAAAGCAAACAAUCCCUGUCACCUUUGUAGCUUCAGCAUUGCAUGAGGUUCACUUGUAGAUGACUGGCCAGUGUUUGCAUCUGGGGGACACAAUUUCCUUAUAGGAAUGCAUUCAAUUUGUUUGUUUAGUUUUAUGUGUGUGAGUGUUUCGUCUGCAUGUGUACAUGUGAACUCUGUACCGUCCUAGUGUACAAAGAGAAGAAGAUAUCCAAAGCCUUGGAACUGGAGUUACUUUCAGAUGGUUGUGAGCCACCAUGUCGGUGCUGGGAUUGAAUCCAGGUCCUCUGCAAGAGCAACAAGUGCUCUAAACUACUGAGCCAUCUCUCCAGCCCUGGGAAUAUACUAAAGGGAUAAAAUGAAAUCUACCCAGACUCUGCAAGCAGACUUGUUUCAAACCCCAGCACCAUAAAGAAGAGGAGGAAGAGGAAGAGAAAAGAAGAAGAAAAAGAAGAAGAAGGAGGAGGAGAUGUAGUAGUAGUAGUAAAAGACUUAGAGGUUUGGCUUAGUGAUUGUGAUUACAUAGGAUGCAUGAGGCCCCGGGUUUCAUCAGCAGCACCAUAAAACAAAGAAAGAAGAGGUGCAGUGACUUAAUAGCUCUUUGUGUAGAUACUCCAGGCCCAAGGGGACUAACUCUUGUCUUCCAAGUGCAAGGCGAGAGAGCACAGGGAAGAAGGAGGCUACUAGGAUGGGAAGGACCUAUUGAUUUCCACUCAUUCAUUUUCUAGGCCUCAACUCGCUGAAGGAUACCCCCAGAACCUCCUGUGGCCUAGCUGUCUGAAGUAUAAGUGGUCAAACCAAAGAGUCUAGGAGAAAGCCGUCAGUAUCUGGGAGUCCAAGGAUUUCUUCUUCGAACUUGAACCUCUGCCGGGAGCUGUGGAAGCUGUGAAGCAGAUGGCCAAUCUGCAGAACACUGAUGUCUUCAUCUGCACAAGCCCCAUCAAGAUGAUCAAGUACUGUCCCUAUGAGAAGUACGCUUGGGUGGAGAAGCACUUUGGCCCUGAAUUUCUGGAGCAAAUUGUGUUGACCAGAGACAAGACUGUGGUCUCUGCCGACCUUCUCAUAGAUGACCGGCCGGACAUCACAGGGGCCGAGCCACACCCCAGCUGGGAGCACAUCCUCUUCACCUCCUGCCACAAUCAUCACCUGCAGCUGAAGCCCCCUCGCCGGAGGCUGCACUCGUGGGCGGACGACUGGAAGGCCAUCUUGGACAGCAAGCGUCCCCACUGAGGGCUGUGCUGUGACUCUCUCGUGGUCCAGUGUGGGGCUCAAAACUCAUGACUGGACAGCAGACAGCCUGCUGAGGGCUGUACUGCAGUUCCCUGGCACUUCCUGGAGGACCCCAGUGGACUCUUUGGUUAAGACAACUUCUUGAUACACUCCUCUUCUCCUAGCCCAGGCCUUAGCCUGAUCUUGGGCAGCUCUGGGAGAAAGGCAUUUGUUCCCGGGCAGCUUGGCCUGGCCUCAGGCAGUGGCCCACACCACUCCCUAUCACUGCUUCCAGUAGGGAUGUUCUCUAAGGCACUGGGGUGCCCUGUUCCAGGAUCUGCAGCCUUUGCAAAGGUAAGGAGUGCCAGAGAGAGAUGACAGGCUCCCCUGACAGGCAUGUGCCCUUCCACCUCUAACACGGUACCUCGUCCAGUUGGCCCACUUAGUCUGUUCUCUCCUCCCGGCUUUCAGUGGCCACCAGGCUCUUCUGGAGGCCAACAGUGACCCUGCCUAUGGUUAGUGCUGUGGUUUCUUUCUCUGGUGUCCCUAGAUCCCAUUCACGGCCCAGAAAGGAGUCGGCAGGCUUGAACAUUUGUUGACCGUAUGAGAAAUAAAUGCUAUUCACAUGUA